AUGCCAAUUUACCUCUAUUCCAAGCCAGAUGUCAUACUGGCUAUUGGGGAUAGCGAAUUCGAAAUCGAAGCGCAUGAAUAUACGCUAGCAUCUCAAUCAGAGUUUUUCAAAGCAGCUCUCCGUUCUGGACUAAAAGAAUCCCAAGAAAGGCGCAUCACACUACCCGAAAUUACCAAGGACAAUAUGAUUACGGUCCUUAAUUGGCUGUAUAGGGUACCCGUAGAAACCUACUACGCUUAUAAUAUGCAUGGGAAGCAACCCUUUUCGAAAGAAACUGCACAGGCCCUGAAGGAUAUCAUGCAAACAUUUGAUUUUCUACAGAUAAAGGGUGCAGGGAGAGAUUAUUGUAAAUUUAUGGAGCAGAGCUUAAAAGAAAUAAGAGUCGGAAGCACUGGAACCCAGCUUAAUGCUGAAGACGCUGAGAGUAUUGUUACCCAGUUGAACGAGUUAUAUAAGUCAGGAGCCUCGAUAAGCCCCAGUGCCAUGAAUAACCUCGUCGAUGAGAUAACCAGGGGGUAUAGUAAUCUCGGUGACGAUUCUAUUCCACAGAACUUCAUUGAGGUAUUUGGCAAGUUAUCAGACCCCGAUGGGAAGUGCUUCCGAGAUAUUUCGGUAGCAUACGCAAGGGAACUUCACACGCGAUUAAAGCAACAGCGAACUAUUAAUUUUUCAGAGUAUUAG